AUGGCGGACGUGGCCGAGUUCGAGCGCGCGGUGCUCAUCGCCUUCCACUUCUGCGCCGCUGUCAAGGCCCAGGCGGACGGCUGGCGCGCCGAGCUGCAGCUCUUCGAGCACUCGGAGCACGAGCAGGUCAAGUUCUACGCGCUGCAGGCGCUGCAGGAGGCGCUGGCCGCUGGAGUCGCGGACGACGUGGCCGUGGCCGUGAGGGUGGAGCUGCUGGCCUGGCUGCAGAGCCAUGUGGCCUACGUCGAGACCAAGGCGCCGUACCUCAAGACCAAGCUGGCCGUCGUCGUCACGCUGCUCAUCAAGAGAGACUACCCGGACCGCUGGCCCACGGCCUUCACGGAGCUGCUGGCGCUGCUGCCGCAGGGCGCGUCCAUCGUCGAGAUGUACUUUCGCAUCCUGCAGGCCAUCAACGAGGAGAUCGUCGAGUUCGACGCGCAGCGCACGCAGCAGGAGGCCGCGCACAAUAUGCGGAUCAAGGACGCCAUGCGCGAGGGCUCGUGCAUGCGCGAGAGCUUCGACGCCAUCGCGCGCGUGCUGGUGAACGCGGAUGCGAGCGACGUCAUGCGCGUGCUGAGCGCCAGCGCGCUCGAGACACUCAAGAGAUACAUCAGCUGGGUGGAUAUCGGACUCGUGGUGAACGACACGCUGUGGCCGCUGCUGAUCAAGUUGCUGAGGGAGAGCGAGACGUUCCGCUGCCAAGCGGCCAACUGCGUGUUCGAGGUGAUUGACAAGGGCAUGACGCCCGAGAAGAAGCUGGCCAUGCUGCAGCAGCUGCAGAUCCUCGAGAUGCUCGCGGCCCUGCCGAUUCGUGAGGAUGACGAGUUUGCGGAGGAAAUUGGAGAGGUGAUUAACGCGGUGGGACUGGAGCUCGUGACGUGCAUGGACGCCUUCCGACACACGAACCGGGCCGACUUGCUGCAGGCCAGCGGCGCGAUGCUGUGCCAGCUGAUGCCACUCGUCUGGGAGCUUUUCGCCCAUGAGUCGAAGGAUGUGUCGGAGGAGGUUUUCGAAAUUGUGAAUGCGGUGGGCGGCGCUAUGCUGCGCACGGAGACUCAAGCAGCUGGCAAGCCUCAAAGCGAGGCGGAAGUUUUCCGCCCGUCGGAGUUUGUCCCGCAGAUCCUGCACGGAAUUUACCGCCAGACGCGGUUCCCGGAAGACUCUGACUCGGACGCUGCUGAGUUUGAAGAGUACCGACGCAGUCUGUACACCAUUUUCCUCAACAUCGUGCGCCAGCGACCGCACGACACACUUGUGUUCCUCACCAACCUGGCGCAGAGUCUGCCGGGCCAGUUUGCCGAAAUCGACCCCCGCGACCUCGAGAGCUUCUUGUCCCUUGUGCACCGAUUUAAGGAGGGACUCGCCGCGCUGAAGGCUGUUGCUGUUCCGUUCAACGAGCCCACGAGCCCACUCACGCUUAUGGUUGUGCAGAUCCACAGCAGCAUGCUUGCCGCGUCUUCCACUGCAGCGUCACUGCACCCGAAGGUUCUGCUCACGUACUACGAUCUGGCCGUGAGGUACAGCAAGGUGCUGCAGAACGAGUCGGCGCUCAUUCCUGCUGUCCUGCAAAUGAUGUUUGGCCCGCAUGGACUCGCUCACCCGGCAGCUCACGUUCGAUCCCGUGUGUGCUAUCUGUGCCUGCGUCUCGUGAAGGCGAUUGGUGCCUCGGUUAAUCCGCACGCCUCCAGUAUCCUGACUGCACUGCAGCCUCGCCUUGCGAUUGCCACGGAAAUUGAGGAGAUCGAAAGCCAACACAACCCGACGUACCUGGCGUACGAUGACCAGUUGUACCUGUUUGAGCUCGCUGGUCAGAUUAUCGCCUCGCUCGUGCUCCCUGCGGAGACAACUGGUAUGAACGCAAAGGAGCUCCGGUACCGCUACACGAUCGCUGUGCUGGACCCGUUGCUGCAGGGCUUGAAUACGACAUUGAAUGAAAUGGCAAACGGUGCGCUGACUGACGAGGACUACAUUAUUGAGCACUGUGCCUCUCACCUGAACGCUAUUGCUCACGUGCUCAAGGCGUUCAAGGGCACAGACUGCAUGGUGAACCACCAGGAGACGUUUACACAGGUGCUCACAGCCACGGCGUGCGUUCUUCGUGCGCUGUCCGGUAGCCAGCGCGUGCGUUCGAAGGUGAUUUUCACGCUGCACCGCUUGACUACCGUACUGGAUCGCGAGCACUUCUUGGGCAACGUGCAGGAGCCUCUGCAGACGCUGAUGAUGGGCUGCGAGCAGUCCGAAGUUGUGGAGAUCGUUCAGCUGGUGGACCAGCUUAUUAUCAAGCACAAGCAGGCGCUGGGUGGCUUCCUGGACAAGACGACGCUGCCGUUCGUGCAACACUUGUGCGCGCUGAUGCCGGAGCGAAGCGCGGUUGCGAGCGGCGAGACUAAGGACGCUCCGCAGCUUGAGCGUGAAGCCACACAGAAGUAUCUAUACACAUUCCUGCUGCACCUCGUCACCCACGGACUGGACGCGGUCUUGAUCAGCGCCCAGAAUGUUGCGCAGCUGGAGAACAUGCUGCGUCUUGUGCUGGAGGGUUGUGCCGAGGUUCAAGACGCAAACAUCAAUCGCGCCUGCUUUUCGAUCGGAAGCAUGCUGGUGGAGCGCUGGAUCAGCAACGGAGCCGCUCCGUCUCCCGCGAGUGAAGCGUCAGGAGCUGCGACUGCGGCCACGUCGGCGGCAUCUAUCGCGUUGCGUGCUGAGCUGCAUGCCGAGCUGUCGGCCGAGGGCAGGGCGCGCUUCACGCAGAUUGUGGUGCAGGACUUCACGCGUGCCAUGUUCGCCGUGACCAAGCUGCGCCACUUCGACAUUGACGACAUGCAGACCAUGCUGGCCGUGAAGGAGAUCGUCAACAUGCAGGCCGUGUUGGUGGGAGCGCUGGGCGUCGAGUACCUGACCUUCAUGCGGGACGUGUUCCUGCCGUCGCUGGGCUGUCCGCCGGAGCUGGCCGGCCCGUACACGGAGCAGGUGGCCACCGGAGACCGCAAGAAGAUUCUGGCCGCGUACAAGGCGCUGGUGAGCAAGAUGUAG